UUUUUCAAUCUUUCUUCUGUCCCUUUACUUGCCCCAACUUACCUUCCAAGCUAACGCUAAAGCCCAAGACAGAGCAGAGUAGAAGGGAAGAAAGUUGAGUCAAGAGAGUUUUCCUAGCCUUCUUCUUGUUCUAGGUUAACUCUUACCUUUUGCACUGAAAAUGAACCAAGAGAUGAAUGGUGAUCAUGUCACGGAGACUCAUCAUCAUCAACAACAAAAUAUUGUUCAUGAGAAAAUAGACUAUGUGUUUAAGGUAGUGGUAAUCGGAGACUCGGCGGUGGGAAAGACGCAGAUACUAUCAAGGUUUACCAAGAAUGAGUUUAGCUUCGACUCUAAAUCAACAAUUGGUGUUGAGUUCCAAACUAGGACUGUCACCAUUAAAGGGAAGCUCAUCAAAGCUCAGAUCUGGGACACCGCUGGCCAAGAAAGAUACCGGGCUGUGACAAGUGCAUACUACAGAGGUGCACUAGGAGCUAUGCUGGUGUAUGAUAUAACAAAAAGGCAGUCAUUUGAUAAUGUGGCUCGGUGGGUGGAUGAGCUCCGAGCCCAUGCUGAUAAUUCCAUUAGAAUUAUACUCAUCGGAAACAAAUCAGAUCUUGAGGAUCUUCGUGCAGUUCCAACAGAAGAUGCAGUUGAGUUUGCUGAGGAUCAAGGGUUGUUUUUCUCGGAGACAUCUGCACUUAAUGGUGAAAAUGUUGAAACUGCAUUUUUUAGGCUGCUGGAAGAAAUUUAUGGCGUGGUUUCGAAGAAGGAACUGGACUACAGCAAUGAGAAAACUGACGCAGCCAUGCUUAAAGGUUCCAAGAUUGAUGUUAUAUCUGGGCCUGAAUUAGAAAUUAGUGAGAUGAAGAAAUUAUCUUCUUGUUCUUGUGGAUUUUAAGUUCAAAGCGUUCCAAUGGCCAUGUAUGAGUCAGCUUCACCAUUUUUUUCUUUUGUGCCUGUCUUUUGAACGUCUUGUGUGCCGUCUUUUGUAGGAUUUAUGAGAAGCAUUUGUCACAUUUAUGAGAA